CAUCCACCAAAUCCGCAACCCAUUCCAUCUCACCACAACUCGCUCGCAACUCUCGCGGGAAGAGAAUAGCAGGCGAUGGCGUCCCCAAUUUUUGCUUGUCUAUCGAGGAGCUCCGUCACCCGCCCGGGCAUUAGAUUAUUUACGUCCCCUGUUAGAACUACGUCACUACCCCAGGCGUCAUUCGCCAAAGGUGCCGGUGGCAGGCCGGGCUUUCACGCAUCGUCAAGAAAACUCGACUUCAAAACGGUUGAGCAGGCAAAAUCUCGGUAUCGCAAUGGGCCAUUUUCAUGGAAGUCUGGGAUUUUAUUUCUUGCUGCCGGUGCCGGGUUGACCAUCUACUUUCGCAAUGAGAAAGCUCGGAUAGAACGGAAGAGAGUUGCGGAAAUGUCGAAGGGUGUUGGAAGGCCAAAGGUUGGUGGCCCGUUAAAUUUGCUCGACCACAAUGGCAAAGAGAGGAAGGAUGAGGAGUGGAGGGGUAAACAUAUGUUGGUAUACUUUGGAUUCACGCAUUGUCCGGAUAUAUGCCCAGAGGAGCUCGACAAAAUGGCAUCUAUGACUGAUCUGGUCAAGAAAGAACACGGUGAUGUAAUGAGCCCUUUGUUCAUUACUUGUGAUCCGGCUAGAGAUACACCUCCAGUGAUGAAAGGGUAUUUGGCAGAGUUUCACCCAGACCUUGUCGGUUUGACAGGUACCUAUGAUCAAAUCAAGCAAACAUGCAAGUCUUAUCGUGUUUAUUUCUCCACUCCACCGGAAAUCAAGCCAGGGCAGGAUUACUUGGUGGAUCACUCCAUUUACUUCUAUCUCAUGGAUCCUGAGGGAGACUUCGUUGAAGCUCUAGGAAGACAACACACUCCUGAACAAGCUGCAAAGAUAAUCGGUGAUCACAUUAAGGAUUGGAGAGCGUCUGCGAAGAAAGUGUAAGGGAUAGAUGGAUAGAUGGUCGGUCCCUAAAGAUCGUCGACGGA